ACCCAAACUUACGACAUGUCGAGCGAAAGAAUUAUCACAGUGACGCUAGUGGCCGUCGCCGUGGCGGCGCUCGCAGCGGCGAUGCCAGCCGACCUGCAGCCCAGCAGGCUGGACCUGUCCGACGUGCUCAACAAGACCGUGUGCCCCAUCAAGAUUGAGAUCAACCACGACUCCAAGCGCAUCCCGCCGCGCAUCAAGGAGAUGAAAUGCGCGGAUAACCCGAACAAGUGGUGCGUGAGGAACCACAUCCCGCCGAACGAGUGCUGUCACCACCGCCACGCCGACGUGGAGAUGCACUGCGUGGAGAUACAGGACUGGGUGCAAGUGUAUUUCCCGGAGUCCGACGAGACGCAGACGACCCGCGUGUCCGUCGGGUGUAUGUGCGUGAUGCAGGAGAGCGUGGAGGCGCAGGGGUCCCUGCCGAGCUGA